AUGAGCGCAUGCUUAUCUAGAGAUCUCUUGGAUGCAUAUCAGGUCAUUGCUAUGGAUCAUGGGAUCCCACUACAGAAUGCCCCAUCAUUUGUUAGGAGUGCACUUGGUAGACCGGGUACAUCUAGCCGUGGUUGUGAGCAUACAGAUUCUCAGCCUAUUGCUACUGCACAUCCUACUGCUCCGCCCCAGCAUACAGCAGUUGGUAGGGAUACACCUCCUCCUCCUGUUUAUACAUCAGUUGAUCGAGCCACAGACCCUAUUACUGGAUUUUUGGGGAUGUUCACUACCAUGCUUAUGGAGCCAGACAGUGAGGGGGAUCAUGUUGUAGUAGGCUCCUUGCAUGAUUCUAACAUUCUGACAUCAGCAGGAUUGGACGAGCCUUACAUGCUGCAGGAGAGGGAAUCCAAAAAUAAAGUGGACAAAUUGCCAAUGCAAUCAAGUUCUGAGGAGUUUGUCAAAGAAAAUCAACUAAAUGAGCUUCUAAAAUUGAAUUCAAAGAAAUGCAAAUAUUGUGGAAAGCAAAAUAGGUAUAGAGGUGUCAGGAAACGUCCAUGGGAUCGAUAUGUUGUAGAAAUUAGAGACCCUGAAUCUAAGCGUCAUCAAUGGCUUGGCACAUUUGAUGCAAGUAAAGAAGCAGCUAAUGCUUGUGACAUAGUUGCUAGAUCAAUGAAAAAAGUUGGAGCAAAUAGAAAUUUUGAUUAG